AUGAAGACGAAGGCGGAGGUCGUCCCCGCGGCGACGAGGGCGACGGAGGAGAGUGUUCCUUCGUGUGGGAUGAUCAGUCGCAGCUGUACUAUCACUCCAGGCGAGUAGAUCCAUGGCAGCAUGUUUGGUUUCCUCUGUUCGGUUGCUCUAAGGGUUUCCAUGGAGCCUAGCUCAGGCGGCGAUGUCCGUCUCAAUUCGUUGAUCCAUUAGAGGAAAGAGAGGUCCCAGUCAUGAUAAUUCGAUCGUCUUCGGUGUUUCACCUCUUUUUUUUUUCUUCAUCUCAUUAACAAGCCUUCUGGAUCUGUCUUUUAUUGAGUGGUUCAUUUGGGCUGAAACUUCGAAGCUCUAUCUGCCGCAGUAGUGGAUUUUAUCAUGACCCCAGCGCCGGGUGGUACUAUAGCACCAAGGAUGGCCGCUAUUACAGAUUUGAGGAUGGUCAUUAUGUUGCAUGGGACUCUGAUGAGGUAUUUACUGUACCUGUGCCGUUGAAUGUGACUUUUCUGAUUUUCAACGGACGUCCAGAGAUCAUUCGUGGGACUGAUGAACAGUCUGCUGACUCAUUGUUAGAAAAAUGAGAACCCUCAGCAAUCAACUUGUAACGCCUUUGAGGAUGCAAGUCAAGACCAUUCAGGCAUGUAAUGCCAUACUCAUAAUCUCUGAAUUUUCGCUGUUUUCCUCGUUUUUCUUUUUAACUGGUCUCAUGCAUCCCUGAGCUAAAGAAAUAAUUUAUGAGGAAUGUGAAGUCAACCACCUGAGUAACAAUGCAUGAGAUGAUAACAUCAGACCGCUCCAUGGUCAAUUAACAGGUUUCCUUAAACAGGGAGUGCUCCGGUCUCUGUCGAUGAGGGAACUGAGAACCCACCUCCACCUUCGGAAUGGUAUCUCCACAUCCGGUUGUUGCAUCUCUCUUCCUUGUUUUCCUUCCAUGUGUUUCUCAUAGAUUGGCUGAACAAUUACCUUCAGGCUAGAAGAGACGCUCAUUAACCUUUAUUUAAGUUGUUAUUCCAAUGAGCUAGCCAACGCUAGAUGCUCUUCAACUUAUGAGACUGAUGGUAAGACUCCAUAUAUUCAUUGAUUUGCUGUUAAAUGAUUAUAUUUUUUCAGUCGUUGAGAAUAGAUCUGUGUGAUGGAGCAUUCAGAUUAAACAGUCCCAUAUACUGAUUGCAGUUUCAUGAAUUAUCUUCAGCUGAUACGUAUGAGGAGCAUCACAAUGAAGAAACGUUUGAUGUAGAAAAUGCCAUGAAUAUUGUGGAAGAAGCGGUAGAAGAGGCAGAAUCAAGUGGCAGACCCUUUGAAGAAGGUGAUGCCUCACACUAAUCCUGCAACUUCCUUGGUUUCAUUUUAUGCUAUUCCUUGAGAAGGGUGGUGUCUAAUCUGGUGUUUUCCUUGCCAUUUCCAUACCUUAUAGUUAGGGGUUGUUAUGAUCUUAGGAGAUUAUUCUGAUGCAGAUACUUCAAGAUGCGAAGAAAAUUGGCUUGCUCAGUAUGGUCAAGUUGUUAAACCAGAGGAUGAGGCUGCAUUGGCUUUCCCUGUUGUUGACCUAUGGGAGUGGAGAUUGGUCGAAGAAAUUGGCAAGGGGAGAAAGAAAGUUAUGAGGCUUGCUGGAAGAUUGGCUAAACGCUCAGUGAAGGUUCACCCUUCCGUGUCUGCUGGUGGUGGCUUUCUGAAAACUGCUCGCAUUUGUGAAGUCUACCUUGAUCUGGUACAAGUUGAGACUGGUAUCUCCUCUAUUCGAGCAGCAUUUCUUUUGUGUAGUCUAGUUACUUGAUAAUUUAAGUGACUGACUCUCUGUUCCCUUUUUUUAACAAAAAGAAAAUAAUAAAAAAAAAUUAACGUUUUGAAAUUCCCCUCCUUACAUGCUUCUCACUUUUAGGCUAGAAUUUGUGGGCUUAACGUUGAAGCGUUUGAGUGAUUGGUGACACAAGGAUAAACCUGUAAGAAUAUAGCUUAGUACUGGUAAAGGAGUUGUCAGGACAUCUAAAUAGCUUCCUUCCAAGGCUGAAAAAUUGCUGGUUGAGCAUCCUUGACUUUUACUUAUAUCACGAGAAGUUUUCUGGAGAUAGACAAUAUGUGAUAGUUACUGUGAGCAGGAAGUCCAUUGGAGAAAGGAAAAGUUUGGGGCAUGUGACAGUGAAUUUGGGUGAGGCUGUUGAGGGAGGAUGAAUGCUUGUCCGUGUUUUGCGAGAGGGCUUGGAAAUAGUUUACAGGUCAAGGUCAGUUCUCUCUGUGGUGUCAUAACAGGCGAAAAGAAAUUUAGAUGAAUCUGACUGUCGAGUGUGGGAGAAGAGUUUAGUUUUUGGAGGGGUAAUAACGAUUGAGAAAUUCCAAACUAGAUUUCCUGAUGAAUCUCACUGAAGAACUGAAUCUGAUUGAGGGCAUUAUAAUACAUAAAAGCGAAAAAAGGUAUUCUUCCCAGGUCUUUCCAAAGGUUAUAAAUGUUUUUAGAUUCAAAUGUCAUAGGUUUGAUCCCCGUUAAAGUUAAAUAAUUUAUGUGAUUGGCAAACGAAAACAUAAUCCAAAAGAGGGACACCAUGAAGAACUCUUAGCUGCGCGCAGCAAGGACUUGAGUAUACCGCUGUUGGAGAGUGAAGGCGACUCUGGCCACAUAAAGACACAUAUGCUUGGAUCCAGCUGAGAAAUAGUCUGUGAAAUUUCUCAAGCAUGAAUUUAUGUGAUCUCAGUGUCUCAUGAGUGUGUAGUUAAAGGAUAGGAAGCCCAAAGUGGAGAGAUUGUAUGCAAAUUGAUGAAGACCAGAUAAAUCAGUAGUGGUGCAUGUGGUAAAUCUAUCUGUUCAUUGAUUUUCUAUAUCUCAUGGAACUGCGCAUUAAGUGCAAUCUUUCUAUAUCUCUUAAUAGAAGAACUUGUACCACCAUGUUUAGAAUGGCACCUAUGAGUAAAUAUUGAAGAGAAACUAGGCCGAUCAAUAAUCAAUGUCAUCUGUUAGUUCAUUCUUCCAAGGGAUAAAUGAAUCUUGUUCUAAACAGUAUAUGUUACUUUGUUUUCCAUACAUGCAUUUCAGGGAAAAUAUAUAGAUUGAGGAGUCCAAGUGCAGAAUACUUGUCAUCUUUAUCAACUUAUGACUCUUCUGAUCCCACAAAAGAUUGGUGCUUCCCAAGACUGAAUAUUGAAUCCCUUUCGUUGCGUACUGCCACGGGAACUGGUCCAGUUGAAUCGUCAAAUUCAAUCAGGCACAAGGAUUCAUCGAGUACUUCACUCCAACCUGACUCCACUUUUUCCAAGGUGGCUUCUGCUUGUAGAAUUCCUGUUCCGAGGCCUUUCAUUUGCAUGUUCUGCAGUUUCUGGGCUCGCAUAGAAGUUAAAUAUUGCCUUUUUGUACUUCGUUGUAGAUUGGAAUUGAUCUUUGGGAUUCUAACGAACAUUAGGAAAGCUUUUCUUCUUGACAUUAGGUUCAGGUUUGGAAUAAAGCAAGACAAUAUCUGGACCAUUUAUCUAAGAUAUAAUGCUUAUCAGGGUUGGAUCAAAUUAUUGCAAUUCGAUCUUAUGUGAUGCAUGCCAGACGGUUAAUCUAACAUAAUUUUCUAUCUUAUUUUUUAUUUCUUUUAUUCUUAGAAUAAUCGUCAGAAAUAUCGGGACAGAGCUGCCGAGAGAAGAGCACUGCAUGGUAGCGCUGGCAUUGGGAUCAAGCAAAAUAAUUUUCUCGACGAUGCUGUCGACGAAGGGGACAUGUUUUCUGAAUCAUCUCGUGCAGAAGAAUCUGGACCGGAGGGCACCAACCCUUUUGGAGGGCAUAGCUAUGGAAGGCGGGUUUUGGAGAGCAUGGGCUGGAAAGAGGUAUGCUACCCGCUAGAUAUCUUUGUGACUCACUGAAUCCAUUUUCCUUGACUGCCUCCUGUUUAGAAGCAUAGGGCCUCAUCAGACGACCACUGUGCCAUGCUCACCUAUAGAAAUUUGCCCAUUCCCAUGGGUUUCAGUAGUCCAGGAACUACAUGCACUGCCCAUUCCCUUGAGUCGGGGGAUGGAAUGAAUUCCUUCUGUAGAGAAAACUGUUCAAUCAGCAUUGCCUAUCAUAUCCAGGAGUAGCUAGUUAUAAAGGGUAAUUUGCAUUGUACUUUACAAUUACAGUGCGGCCGUUCAUGGCUAUUAAAACACAGAAAUUUAGAUGAUUUAUGUAUCUUUUUUUUAAUAUUUUUAGUUAUUUUUUUCUUUUGUGUGUGUGUGAUGAUUACCGUUUGAGACGUUUUAUUCGCUUCAUGUUGAUUUUACUACAUAUUUAGGAAAAUAAUUGAAGCAAGUAUGUCCACCUACUAAACUAUUCUCCCCAAAGCUAGAUCCCUCUCAAUUCGUGCAUAGAUGGUGGCAUUGCUCAUUAUUUUUAAGGCAUUGGCGCGUUGACUUCUGGCAUUGGUUCCUAAUGUGCGACCAGGGUGAGGCCAUCGGGAGAACGAACAAGGGUCUGCUGCAACCGCUCCAGGUCGCUGGAAACAAGGGCACUGCGGGCUUGGGUUGGAGGACCGAAAGAGUAGUUCAGUAA